AUUUACGUAAGUGGCUCUUCAAGGAUCGAGUCGCUUCAUGUAUGUAGAAACAAAUUAAACAACUAACGUUACUUCAAGCUGGUGUGAAGUCCCUUCUAAUGGACGGACGGCAAAGUCAAAGGUUGGAUGGAUAUUUAUAGUUCAUCAGCUAACUCUCUGUUUAGAGUUUACAUUAUCCUAUUCUCGUAUUUGCAAGCAACAUGAGUUCGAUUGUAACUCUGUGAAGGCAUAUUUGAAAGCGGACUUCUACCUGUAUUAUAUUAACUAGACUGGAGUCAAUUAACAGCUUACUAUCAUGGCUAUAGAUGGGAAUCAAAUAUAAGCUUAUUAGCCAUCAUUUUGAGAUCCUAGAUCUUUACUUAAGCUGAUGGACCAGUGAUUAAAACGUCGUAAGAUUGUGAUGACAGCUAACGUUUGCUGACAACCCGAGACGUAUUUUCUUGACUUUGCAGGGUUCGUAUAGAACUCAGGUCGAUAUGGUCCAUGACAUAUUUGAGGAAUAAAGAAUGCGCGGUUUGGAAGAAUAGUUAGUCACUAGUAACACAACCUUGCCAUAAUCAUAAAACAUUGGCAGCAUCAUUGUUGUCUGAUCAUGAUAAUUGAAUGGUGGUAAACAUUUGAUUGAUUGGCAUUGAGAAGGAACCCGUUCGGAGAAAUUGUGUCGCUUGUGAACUCCUAUCAGUAGAUUAUAUCCGUAUUAGGAAGCUCUUCAAGUUUGAUGACUUCUAGAUUAAUAUGUAAUAUACAUGACUGUAUAUUUCACAAUUACUUCAUUUAUGCUACUCAGAUUUUUGCAGGUGACAUCUGGAGAUCUCUCUCUCUCUCUCUUGAUUCGCAAUCAUAUACUUGUGGUCAUCCUAAACAGUUUGUAAACAAUGAGAAUUUGACUAUGUACCUUUUGCAAUAAUAUAUCAAGGAUUUAUAAAAUUGAUGAUAAGACUUUAUAGGCUUACUCGUCAAGGAAUUGUCAUGAUCUUCAGGGAAAUGUUACAUUAGUAGGCAUACAUACACUUCUUUACGAAUUCUUAAUCAUUUUACAGUGAUUGUGUGUCAACUUACAUUUUGGAUAUAAUUUGAAUGUGUCACCAAAGGACAAUGGUAUUCAUAACGGUAAAAUACGGAGGUAAGUGGAUCUUAAUUGAAAUACUUUGGAAUUACGUAAUAGCUUUAAUUGAUUUGAUACACUGUCUAGCCAAACACGAUUACACACCACCAUUAUUUUAUCAGAGUCUAUAGUUGAAUAUUUACUUUAACAUGUCGUCGGUAGAUCUUGCAAUGUUCUUAUGACAUUUAGAAAAUAUUAUCAUAGCCUAAUUAACUCUUUAACCGUUAACAUUCAAUACAGGAGCGAGUCAUUAAAAUAACUGAUUUCUACACUUAAAGUAAUUAAAAUAAGUGAUUUCUACACUUAGGAAAAUUAGACUUUUAAAUUGCAAUACAAAAGGAGCUAGAGUGUCGUCGAUCUUUCAUAAAAAUGAUAUAACCUAUCUAAGAAUAACUAUGAAUAACAAAACAAAGUGGUAUAAGUAAUGCAAGAUUUAUUAUGAGAAAAAAAAAGAGGAUUGAAAAUGAGAAGCUAAUCUAAUCAAACAUUAUUAUAAUUAACAAGCGUAUAGAGCAUUACUACGAAACAAAGUUGAACAUACGAAGGGAAAAAAGAUGUAUAGGCAUAUGAUUCUGCAAUAACAAAUCCAAAAUAAUAACAGCUAAACAUUGAAAUAAAAACUAAGCCUUCUUUUAAACGGAAUAACCGGAAUCAAGAUAUUUUUUUUAAAUGGAAAUUUUAGUGUUAUUUUCUUCUUUUAUUCAUUCGUUUGUUGAACAAAGUGAGAGCGGGUAAAUCGAUUUAAAACUGUCGUUAAAACGUUUUUCAUUAUCUUGAUAACAAUUCAAAUUAUCGAUGUAAUACACCGGUUAACAUGGCUAUAGCUAUAAACCCUCUUGAGUCGUUGCCUAAUCUACAAGGUUUAUAAGAAAUAAUAGUGCUAUUGGUUAAAAUUAUAAGAGGUGUAAGAAAUCUAUUUUUCACAUUGAUUUUUACACGUGAUAGAUAAUAUAUUUCACUAUUGAAUUAAAACCAUCCCUUAUCUUUCCUUCAAAGCAUUAACUGUCACUUAAAAGAAUUUCCUCAGUCAUUGUCAUCAGUGGUUCAUUAUAACCCGUUGCCAUAUACCCAUUAUCUAGUGUGCAAAUAUUGAUAUACGUUAUUACUUUAAUUGGAAUAUAAAAGUGAUAGCCUUAUGACCCGGCAUAGAGAUCAUAUGAUUAGAUUUACGUGCAAGAAUUUACUUCUGUUCAAAUAAACUAUACUGUAUGUAGAUUUCGUUCAUAUUUGACAACCUUUAAUGACAUCAGAUGCAGUCAUAUACGUACAUUCUAUUUCGCAUGAAGUUUGAUAACUCCCCAUCUUACAACACCCCGAUUCAUCUAUUUGAAAAAUGCAAUUAAAAAUUCGAUUAUUAUUGAGAAAUAUGCGCGGUAGAGAGUUCUAAGAAUACAAAAAGUGAAGUUAAUGAUGACGCGAUCCUCAUUAUUUGCAACAUUUCUUUAAAAUGCUAUUAGUUUACAACUAUCAAUAUGUUUGUUCAUAAAAUUCAUUUUCUCCAUUUUAUAUUAUUUGAUAUUACCUCCAAAGAUGUGUCUGUUUAUGAACUCAAAAUACAUGUUGUGUCAUAUACAUUGCGAAGAUGGAGGCAAGCUGCAACUUGACAGAUUUAGGGGGAAAAUAUUAAAUUUUGCAUACAGCAUAUAUUAUGGAGAGGUGUACUAAACUUAAAUCAUCCAAUCAUUGAACUUAAUCAUGUUAAUUGACUAUGAAUUCAUAAAAAAAGCUUGCCAAACCAAUUAAAAAAGGAUAUGCCCAACUUUUUGGCAGUGUCUUGCAAAUACAAUCCACAUUUAUAAAUAAAAGCAGAAUCAUUGAACCAAUACACUAAAGAAAAACUAGGUGUUCUAUUUCUUUUAUUUGUCUAUUUUAAGAUGCCAUUUUGUACCCACUGUUUUACAGUGAAACGAUCCAUUAUUUGCAUUGGAAGAUUGGCAGUGCCUUGUGAAAGAAUGUUAGUUUGUACGAGUUAGGAUAGCACUCACUCGAAGUACUUGAAUAAUACGUAAGGGGACAGGAGAGGACCAAGCAGUGAACUUGUUAAUACGACUGCCGUAAGAACUUGAACAAACCAGCUAUACUGUUACUCAGAAAAAGUUGACAAAGUAUCGAAUAGGUGUUUUGCAUUAACGAUAUAUCAUAUCCAUCAUGAUAUAAAAGCACCUGCCCCUAAUCAUCUAAAUUGUACAUAUUAAAUCUGGCUAAAUUCCCUUCUUUAUCUCUUCAUUAUCUAUAUUUUUAAUUAUGAAAACAGAGUCAAAAUUCGAAUUGUGCUGUUGCUGACAAUAAAAAUUAUAUUGGGUGAUAUUUAAUUAAUGGUUCCUCGAUCGUUUCUGCAAAGAACAAGUAAUAUGGUUGUUGGUAAUUUUCUAAAAAUCGCAAACUUUGUCCAGUACUUCUCAGCACUCUAAUAUUUUACUCAUAAUGCCCCUGUCUGAUCGAAGAGAACCAUUGAGGCGACUCCGGUAAGGGAGGGGGGCACAUUAGGCCUAUAUUCCUCUCAAUUUUAGAAAUUUGUACAGUAGCCUUCGGGAGAUGAAAAAAAAACAUUUACAAAAUCAACGCGCAUGAAGAGAAGGAAGUUCAUGAUCAGGAUGUUUCUAUUAAUUUUUUUUUCAGAUAACCAGCAGAGAUUAUUUAAUCCAUAUUGCACCAGUAUGAAUUUGCUAGAGAGUAUACGUAAACAAUGUCACUCAUCGGACGACGGAGCUACUCUAGAUCUCUCUGAUGGAUCCGGUAAUGUGAAGAACCUUCACUCGGCAGACAAUCUCCAAUCCUAUGCAAAUAGUUUCUUGGAAGGUCGUGAGACAUACUGGUUGAUCAAAGUAGAAAAAGGGGCAACGGAAAGGGAGCCCACGAUAUACUCACUCCUGAUCAGUAACCCUGAAGAAACCUGUCCAGAGCUGCAAAGUCGUUUGAAAGACUUAUCUCGCCCACCCUCUAUGCCCAAGGGGCGGGAAUCGUGGACCAAUGUCCGCAAGAAACUCAACAAAACCAAAUCGACCCUCAGCUUGGGCAAGUCGCCCAGGAAUGCAUCUGGCAAGGGAAAGAGAUGAUGAUGAUGAACAACAAGAUCAUUAUACCAAUUGAAAGAACUUUAUCUAUAUGGAGUAAAAUGUUGACUGCCAGCAUGCGAGUAGUCCUGUUCAUAAUAACCAUUGCUUUAACGUCUGAACAAUGUCUAGGAAGCAAGGAAGAUGACGUGCGCUCGCGUUUCCGCAUAUAGUAUUUAUUAGUAUAUUGUAACUUUGUCUUUUUCCGUUUGUCUAAUGUAUGCUUAAUUAGCCAAAUCUCAUAUGGUCUACUCCCACUUCAUCUCAGGACAAUUUGGUCUACAUGCCACUAAUAUUGUACUUUUAGGCACAUACUUAAAAUAACAGUGAGUUAUUAUAGCACUCACUCAAUAUUCUAAUUAGAACAUGUAAUAGGUUUAAACGAAAUGAAGACAUUAUGGGAAAGGUAGUUUGUUGUGAGAAAUUUGAUUUAUGUUACCAUAGGCAAAAUCUCAAUUAUCAAUAGGCUAAAAUUUGUCAAAAAUUUGUCCAAAUGGUAAAUAUUCAUAAAGUAUAAUUAUACAGUGUUUGUAGAGCAAAAUGAGUUUAAGCCCCAAAGUAAUCUUCAACAAUCUGGGAAUUAGACCAUGGGACCAAUGGCUCUGAUAUGAGCCUGUAGGACUGUAGAACUUUAGUUUUUUUUUAAGUUACUGAAUUACCCAACACAUUGUGUACAUAAUGAAUAUGAAAAUAAAUGAGAUGUGUAGAACAA